UUUCAGGGACUAUAGUUGGCAUUGAUAAUAUUGACCGCCUUAGGUGGCCUGGUUCAGAGUGGAGAUGUCUCCAGGUGCAAUGGGAUUCCCCGUCUCAUGACCCUUUUUGCCCUCAAAGGAUUUCUCCUUGGAGCAUCGAACCCAUGGUGGAGAAGUACACUUCCCUUCUUCCACAUCAAAAGAGGGCAUGCCCUUUGGACCCAUCAACUCUUCAGUUUCCUGUUGGCUCAUUGCAGGGUUCAGUUGAGCAUAAAUUGAAAAGACAUUCAGGGGUCUUGCAAGGUCAAGAAAUCAGAGCCAUAGGUGCUCGUGAACAGGGCUCAUUAGGGAAGCCCAUUUUAUCCCCUUUAUUUCCCCAACCAAAUCCUAUUUGGCACCACCGGCAAGUUGGAUAUGAACCGUUUUGUCACUCUCAUGCCAACACAAUUUCAAUUCCUAGUGGAAAUCCUCCUAGUCCGACGCUUGCUUACCGGCCUCCAACAUUUACUUUCCCACAAACCAAGACCACUGAGGUGAGUACAAGCUUCUCUAUCCCAAAAGUCAAGUCUACUAGUUCUGCGCAUCAAGACUGGAAUGAAGAGAAGAAGGAUGAGAUUAAAGCUCCAAUGGGCAAACCAAACGGCAGUGACAAAUACAUGCUUUUUGGAGUUAAUAUAUUUAGUCGUCCUCUGGAGCUCCAUUCACAGCAAGUUGUCUCUUCAGUGGUCUCCCAGUCUGGCAUUUCUGAAACUAUUCAAGUCUCCGAGCCAUCUAAGAGUGUUUCAGGCUGCCUUCCAGAGAAACAAUGCGAGAACUGUUGUCCCAUUGCUAACCGGAGUUGCACAAAGGUAGUUUCUCUUUAA